AUGGCAUCUGAAGUAUCUGUUGCCGAACAAGUGAAUGCCGAGGAUUCCGUCGUAGAGUGUGGUUUUUUCGAAGUUUGCUAUGCCGUAUGUGCUAAUACUGGCGACUUUCGAACGGUUCGUUCGGACGACGGCUGGCAAAAAGACGAGACAUCGUUUAGCGAAGUUGUGCACUCGAAGUGGGCAGUUGAUAUGGGUGCUAAUCAUCAUAUCAGUAAGCAUUCUGCUACGGGUACCGAUCGUGUAUGCGAUAGAGAAACAUCUCAUCCACAGAUAUGUGCAGCAUUGAGGCUAUCUCGUUUCUCUACAAACACCCGCAAUAACAAAACGCAAAACGAUGUAACAAAUGCACAUUCGUUAACACUUUGCGAGAAUAUUCUUCCCAUCGAACUAACCACACAAGUCAUCCAAGAAUCUGUUCGAGGAACAAGGCGUCUGAAUGACAAGAAGAAACAGUUGCGGUAUGCAGUUUAUACAAUGGUUACGAUCGUUUUCACGUAUCUGAUCUCAAACAGUCUUCACUUGCUGUUAACGACGCUCGAAAGAAGCGGUGCAAAAAUUUUGGUCGAUGACUUAGAUGCAUAUUUAAGCUCGAAUUUUUAUAUUGGAAAUCUAAAUGAGUUAAUUGUUUGCAAGUGUACGUGUGUCGAAUGCCACAAAAUGUAUCACUUUUUCAGCGUUUUCGGAUACGGUGAGUUUUUGUUACAUGUUCACAAGUGCAAUAAGAAUUUUAAUAUACGCAAUGUGCAAUCCAUCGGUGCGUUACGAACUGAAAUCACUGCUGAAGAGGAAUCAUUCAUCGAACAUCGAAACACCAAGCACAUCGACGCCUCAUUCAAAUGA